AUGUUAACGAUGGCAUGUUUUAACAUGGAUGCUUAUCUACAAUGGAUAUACAUGAAUUAUAAUCCUUUUAUAAUUCUGAUCAUUUUUACUGUUGUAUUGUCAUUAUGGAGUAAUUUUUAUUAUAUACACAAAAUAGAAUCUCUUACACAAAAAUUGAAUAAAGAAUUUUUUAAAAACAAUGAAAUAAAACAAAAUAAAAAAACUUUAUCAAAUUUUAUCCCAUUCCAACCAUACCAAUCGUUUUAUAUUAAUCAAGCAACAUCACCAAUUACGCUCGACGAAUUAAUUAUUGAAGCUGAACGAACGUACAAAUUUACAAUAUAUCCCUAUGAUGAUAUGUUAUUAGACAUGCAUUAUCUUCAAAUGGAACUUGUACAACAAUCAUCGUCAAUUAUUAUAACGAUUGAAUUUUUUCCUGGGUACAAUGUUUUAUUUCCACAGAUUGAGAAAUUGUUUUCAAUCGUCUUUCAUUCAUCAAAAAUGAUACAAAUAUGGGGUGAAUUGAAUAGUUAUCGAGUUGAAUAUCUAUUCUAUUAUAAUCACAAUGAAGAUGACACUAUUAAAAGUCAUAUAGUUAAUAUUCAACCAGCCUUUAAAAGAUGGUACAAUAGUACUUGUGUUCAUAAUGCAAAUUGUGGUCAGUUACUUGAUUUCAAUAAUACAGAUGGUCCAUUAUGUUCAUGUUCACAUCGUCCAUAUAAAUGUCGAAAUGAUGAAUGGUCUAUAGAAGAUGCUAUUGCAUAUACAUUUUAUGAAAUUCUCGAUGAUACUAAGAUUCAUGAUCUUCACAGAUGUCUGCCCAUUACGAAACUUUCCAUUGCUAUUCAUGAAAAGUGGAAUCGUCAAAAAGUUCAACAGUACAUUAAAGAAAAUCAUACCAAUGAACAAGUAAUGAUCUCAUACGCUGAAUCAUCAUUAGAUUGA